AUGAUGAGAUCUUAUUCUCAGUUUCCAAAAAAGAUAGAUACAAGUAGCGCAAAUAGCUAUCUUAAAUCUUGCUUAAUUCUUGAAGGCUACAAUGAAAGAGAGGCAUUACCAACUAUGGAAGAAAUCGUUGACAUGUGUACUGGAAGGCCUCGAUUACUAAGAGUGCGUCAUUCGCCAUUAGAGAUGCUGCAUAAUCCAAAAUUACCUACUCUUGCUGUACAUAGCUGGUAUCUAUACAAUGCUUUGGAUUAUUUGGAAAAUUCCUUAUUUGUCCUAUUUGAAGACUGGAAGAAUGACUAUAAGAGUUCGAAAAAUGAUACGGAUGCUCUCUUCUUUCAAUAUGUACAAAAUAUACAUCAAUGCUACAAGGAAGUUGGAAUUUUAUUUCGUAUUCCCAUACCACUGUCAAGUGCAUUAGCUUCUCCUGAACUAAAACAAUCUGUAAAACGAUCAAGUUUAUCCCUAAUUCACAGUAUGAUACCCGCCACCUUUCAUGAAGCAUGUACAGCCUACUUCAAAACACAACUUGGCAAAUUCCUUGUAACCCAAUACCCCUUCCAUCCUCAUUAUCGUUCACGUAAUCCUUUAAUUCAAGUACAAAAAAUCUUGGACGAUCAAUUAAUGGAGUUAGAAAGUGUGAGAUGUGUGAGUAAUAAGGUAAUAGCAGAGGCUUUAGAAAGUCAAACAAUAGAUGUGAUGGAAGAAGAUUUUGAAUCUGAAGAAAAAACAGAAGAGUUUGAAGCAAUUUGUCGACAACUGAACCAGCUUGAGUUGAUAGAAGAUUGGACAGAGAUUGUAAAGGAUGUAAUUGAACAAAAGUUGCAAAAUUUAUCUAUAAAAGAGGAUUGGACGAUAUCCAUAGUGCAAGUUAUGCUGAAAUGGCUACACAUUUUUAUUUUGCCUUGGAUUUCAUAUAUUACAUCAAAAGAUGAAACAGAUAAGGAUUGGUAUAAUUUCUUGAGAGAGAAAAUCAAAGCAGAGCAUAUUUUGUAUGAGUUAAUUUAUCGAAUCCGUGUCAGGGAUAUCUUUGAUAUUAUUAGAGAGUAUCCAGCAUCGAAGCCUGCUAUUGUAGAUUUCCAUGUAAAAAUUCGCGAUCGUCUUCUACAUUUGGGCGCGUCUUUACAAGAUAUUUUAACCCAAUAUGAGGCUUGUGUUACAUGUCUGUCAAUUAUUGAUCCGACUUGUGAAAUUUUGGAACCUACUAUCAAACUUAUCAAAAACUACCUAUUAAAACAACGAAACUAUCGACUUGAUGUAUUGCAAGGCAUUGUAAAUCAAGUACGUGAUCGUCUAGAUGAAGACCCCACUGAUACCUCUCAACUCUAUGUCUUUAAGAAAUCAUUCAUUAAUGAUGAGGAAGUACCACAUGCUUUAGAUGACUUGGACAAAGAUAAACCAGCUCGCUUGGAUCGUCUUUGUAUAAAGGUCAAAGACCCAAUUGCUAUGCUUAUAAGUCUUUGUAAAUCACUUAAGGAUUUUAUUGAUGGCUAUAGUAACGUACUUUGUAACUCUUUGAUGAUUGCGCAAUAUGAUAUUGAUACUGAGGUUCGUCGACUUGAGUUACUUAAACGGCAUUUCCCAGUAGAUUCUUUUCUGAGAUGUGAUAUUAUGUUGAAGGAUGUGGAGAAUAGUCGAAGAUUAGAUCGUCAAUUGCAUGAAACUGGCACGUUUGUGUUUCCAUUACAUUCAACAAUGAUUACGAGUAACUAUUGGAUAGCACCUAGUGAUAGUGAAAAUGAGGAUGAUGAUGAUAACGACAAUGAUAAGGUCAAUUUAGGCAUUUUUGAUGGACUUGAAGACACAAUAGAGAGUUAUAAGGAAAAGUACAAACAUGUGAAAGCGUCAAGAAGGUUAAAUUUUAUGCCAAUAAAAGGCAUGGUGACUUUAGAUUUAGAGUUUGAAAAUAGAACGGUCAGAGUGGUGGCGACUCCUGAUGCUGCCUUGGUAAUAGCUGUAUUUGAAACAAAAGAGCAAUUAUUUACAAGUGAACAAAUAGCAACUAGAGUUGGUAUGAAAAAAUCACAAGUAAUAAAAUGCUUAAAGUUUUGGAUAGAGAAAAAAAUAUUAGAAUUGACAGCAAGAGGAGAAUAUCAUCUUAUAGAAGAUUAG